UUGUCAUUUGUGAUAAAUCAAAAUUAUCAGCAAACCAUUAAUUUUGUUGCACAGAUUUUCUUCUGUUUUCCUCGCUACAGAUUCUGUUGGUAACGGCAAAAAUUCAAAGUUUUGUUGUAAGUAGUAAUAUCUGUAUUAAGCUGACAACUAGUUUUUGUUGGCGAAGGUUUCGCACGACGCCUAGUAAGUUACAACCAAGACCAAGCCGAGCUUUGGAAGCUCGUUCUGGAACACCUUGUGAAGAAGGUUCGCCAAAGUGAAUUUCCGUCCUUCGCGUAUCUCCCCUUCGCUAAGCGAUCACGCCGGGUGAUAUAUUUCUGGAUAUUGCGAUACUAGUCCGCCGCCAAAACGCCGAACGUCGAUAUACAUUUCGAUGAUAAGAUGGCCGAGAAGCUCACCGGAGCCCAGAAGGAUGAACUGAUGCAACAAGUCCAACAGCAACUGGCUGUCGCGAAUUUUCAAGAGUUGCUCAGCAAAGCCACGCAUAAAUGUUAUAAAAUGUGCAUCGGGAAGCCCGGUUCAUCACUUUCGUCAUCUGAACAGAAUUGUUUGGCGAUGUGCAUGGAUCGUUACACGGACACAUACAACCACGUUAUUCGGGUUUACACAUCCAAGCUGCAAAGUGGAAUGAGGUGAAAGCGCAGUGAAAGAAAAAUUGAAGAUGUAGUGCAGUUUGGUGUGCCUUGAGUAUUAGCGGAACGUGCUGUGGAAGUACUAAUGUGUUGCUUGAUUGUAUCCUGUGCCGAUUGUUGUUUUAUACUUUUACCCGUGCAUCGAUUCUGGUACGAGCAUGACAAGAUGGAUGAUUAGUCAGUUUUGCGGUUUUACUCUGUAUGAAAAGUUAGUUGGGUUUAGAAUUUGGCAAUAAAAAAAAGCAUUGAGAAUUAAUGCUUGAAGAUAA